AUGUUUAGGAAAUUUAAAGAUUUGGUUGUAGGUAAUUCGGAAGAAACACCUCAACAACACCACUCACCAUCACCAACUAUACCUCAAUAUCAAAGUAAUAUAGCAGUAUCACCACAAAGUAUAUCAUCACCAUCAUCAUCUAGUUCAUUAUCCUCUAUAUCAUCACCCCCAAGUAGAAAUUAUUCAGCAAAUGAAGAUUUACACAAUCAUCAUCAACAACAACAACAACACCAACAACAGCAGUCACAAUAUAGCCAACAACAAAACAAUAUUUUACCAUUUUUAAUAAAUACAAAUCAUGAAUCAAAAAAUGUAUGGUUAAUAAUGAAGGAUAGCGAGGUUGAACAAGUAAAGAGUACAGCAAACAUUCAAAAAUUAAAAUCAUUAUGGCAAGAUUUUUUAUCAAGUAAAUCAGAUAAAGAUAAAGUAAUGAAACUAAAUAAAUUAUUACCAAAUUUCAUUAGCCUAUAUGAAGACAAGAAAAUAGAUAUAAAGAAUAAUAUGAUCGAGGUUUUUGGUAACAAUUCAAGAGCAUUCUCAUUUGCAGUAUCAAGACGUCUUGUUAAAGAUAUAAAUGAAAUCUAUAAGCAAUCGCAACAAUCCAAAGAGAACGCAGCCAAAGAGAUUUAUAAGUUUUUUUCGACAUGCUCAGGCCAAAUAUCAGGGUUUGAGUUAUUAUAUAGUGUAGAGAUAUUAUCAGAAUCACCAACAAGUUGUGAUGCAAUGUCAGAAGCAUCUGUUCCAUCAAUGUUGGUUCGUUGUUUACAAUCACUUUUUUUAGUUCCAUAUCCAACAUUAGAGCAGACCAAAGGUGUUAUUGAAGAUAAACUAAUUAGAACCCUUUGUUUUCUCUCAAAACAAAAGUCAGCAAUUGAAGAGCUUCAAAAGACUGAUACUUUAUCAAUAUUGUUCUCUUUAAUGACCAAUGACUGUCAAUCAACUCACAGACCGUUAAGGGCAAAGAUUGGUUCAUUUGGUCAUGAAUUUUCAGAUCUCCACCCACCAACUAUUACUUAUAUAAACUCUAAAAAAGUAAUUGGAAAUAUGAUUAACGAUUUAAAUAAUUACUUUAUGUUCACUCCAGAGACCUACAUCAGCAUUUGUAAGAUCAUAGUUAAAAUACUGGCAGAAUCAUCUAAAAAAUCAACUAUACUUUUGGAUGAGUUUUUACGUAACGAAGGCUAUUCAUUCUUGGUUCAAUCUUUAUUCCGUUUAGAAUCUUCAAAAGACAAACCUCAUCUUUUCGAUUACCUUUUAGAUUCAAUUUCUCAUUUAAUAUAUGUUGGUUAUGGAAAUAUAAAUAUACCUGAUCAUUCACCAGUACCAUAUCAAUCAUCAAUUCAAAACUUAAAAGAAAUUUCAAAUCAGAAUUAUAUUGCAAAGAAUGGUAAUGCAUUUAAAGUUUUGGAACAAUAUUUUUUAAAAUCAUCAUAUGAAGAAAACAGAGUAAAAAUUUUAGAUAAAAUUUUAUCAAUUUAUUCAUCAAAUCCAGUCAAUUUUAUAUUACUCCAGCAUACAAAUACAUUAACUAAAUUAAUUCAAGAUUAUGAAUCAUUAAGCAAUGAUUUAAAGUAUCACAUUAUGAAAAUUGUUUGUUUUGUUGUUACAGUUUUAAAUUGUGUACCAUUCCAAGAGUUAAGUACAUUUAGUUUAUUAGUUAGCGAAAACCCAUCAAAAUACACCUUGGAUAUGAUUUAUCAAUUAAUAACGACAUUGGUAAAUUUCGAAUUUAGAUACAAACAUAUUUUUAGAGAAACCGGUUUAUUAGAUAUUCUCGUAAAGGUGAUCGACAUCACUUCACAGGACAUUAUUAGAUACAAUCAUAAAAAGACAUUGGAGUCAGAUCAACAAAAUAUCAAAAAAAAUAGCGAAGAAGAGGUUGAUUUAAAAGAUCAAGAGUUGAAUUCAAUUAUCAAGAUUGAUUCUUUCCAAAUUCUUUUAGACAGUUUAUAUAUUUUAAUUGCUGAACAUCCUGAUAACAUCAGUUUGAUUAGAAGUUUUUCAAUAUUUAAUGUUUUAUUACAGUUUUUACCAUAUUCAUUAGUUAGAAGCAAAUCAUUACAAAUAUUACAACAAUUAAUAAAAUAUGAUCCCGAACCAACCCAAAAAGAAUUUGAUGGUCUAAUCAAAGUAUUAACAAGUGUAAAUAACUCAAAUUAUCCAAUGAAAACAGAUAUUUUAAACUCAAUUAGAAAAUUAUUUUCAAUUUCAAAGCAUGCCCGUGAUUCAUUUAGAGAGCAUGGUGGUUUUGUUUCAAUUAUUUCAGUAAUAAGUGGUCUAGAAUCAAUUUUUACUACCAAAACCGAAGGAGAGUCUAGAAAUUGGGAUAUGGAGAAGCUAGAGUUAAUCGAAGCAAUCUGUCGUUGUACUACUAGUGCAUUAUGCGGUAAUUCUGAAAAUAGAGAAAUUUUUGAACAACAAAUUGGUUAUCGUACAUUUUCAUUUUGCUUGGUUAAUACUGGUGUAUUUAAGACUGAGUUUAGUAGAUCUGUUGUCGAUUUUAUUUUUGAUAUGGUCACAGAAAACCUUAAAGGAAGUGAUCACCCAUCGACCCAAAUGGUCAUCAAUAAUGUAGAAUCAUUCAAUGUAAUUUUAGAUAUUAUUCCACAUAUCACCAAUCCCGAUUUUAUCUUACAAAUAAUAAGUCGUAUUAAUAGAAUGGCAGAAUAUGGUCGUUUUAAUCAAGAGGCUCUUUCUAAACUUUCAAUUCCAGAUUGGAUUCUUCAAAAAUUCCCAUCAAAUCUUUCAAAUGCCAAAGAUCCACUCCAACCAGUUCUUUUAUCCCUAAUUCAAACAGUUGGUGCAAAUUGUUUAUCUGGUUCUGAAUUAAGACAGUUUGUUAAACUACUCCAACCAGAGCAAUCUCCAGAAGUUCUCUUAAAAAUUUUAUCAUCCAUGGCCAAAUCAUCUCCAAUGCCACCAUAUUUUGAGUUUAAUCUUUCAAAGGUACCAUUUGGUUAUAUUAGAACACCAAUCCCAGAUCGUGCUUGGCCCCCAACCAAUGGUUACACAAUUAUGUUUUGGCUCUAUAUAGAGAAAUUUGGUACUGGUGUACCAGGCCAACAACCAAUUGAUUUGGUUCAUAUAUACAGCGAAGAUAAAAAAUCAUCACUAUACAUCUACUUGAAAAAUGGUUUCAUCAAUGUAAAUAUUAUAAAUAGUUCAAAGUAUGUUAUAGAAAUACCUGCUUUUAAAUUUGAAGAGUCAAAAUGGUAUCAUAUAGGUAUAGUACACGCUAGAAGAUUGUUAGGUGGUACAGAUUUCAAAUUGUUUGUUGAUGGUUUUCUCAAGUAUACAGCUACUAAAGCUCAAUAUCCAGCUCAAAUCUCAUCCGGCAGUCAGUUGCUUUGUGAUGUUGGUGUCGCUAAUCAAAAUCGUUUUGAAGUUGAUCAAAUUUGGCGUAUUGGUCCAUUUUAUGUUUUAGAUGAAUCCCUAGGUUCAAAACAUAUCAAUACAAUUUAUUUCUUGGGUCCAAAUUAUGCAUCAAACUUUAAAGGUCGUUUUUCACCAUAUCAAACUUAUGAAAUUAUUAACUCUGCCAAUUUAACAGCAAUCAAAGAUUUAGACUAUGGUGAUGCAUUAGGUCCAUUAAAUCUAGCCAAAAUAUCAAUGCAAAUUGACGAAAAUCGUAUUAUGGUUGGUCUUUGUGCAAGUAAUAAACAUGUUCGUACCAAUAAUAGCUCGAAGGUUAUCUACAAUGAAAUUUAUAAUAAUAUCAUCAACGAUUUAUCUCAACCAGGUACCCCUAAUCUCUAUAAUUCCAGUAUUAGUGGUUUGGUUGGAAAUUCUCAUCAAUUAUCAAAUGCAUCCCAAAUGAUGCUAAAGAAAGAGCUUGAAGGUAGAACCGAAAUUAUAAAUCAAGCUGAUUUAACUACCAAACAAAGGGCUAUACUUUCUGGAAGUGUUGAAGCUUUCAGAAGAAACAAAGUCGCAGAUUCAAUUAAAAAGAUUGGUGGUAUGCCAAUUGCAUUGCUUUUAUUAGAGAAAGCCAAUACACCAGAAACACUAUACGAUUCAUUAGGUUUACUAGUUGGUUUAGUUCAAUAUCACCCAACUAAUACUCAUGAAAUGUCUCAAAUUAAUGGUUAUGAACUUUUAUCAUGGGUAUUGAAGAAAAAAGCAGAAAUGGGUCUUUUUAAUGACCAAAUAGUAGAGCUUCUCUUUGACUUAAUUGGUAUGAAUGGUAACACCUUACAUUCGGCUAGAAAUCCUCAAGAAGGUACCGUUGCAAAUUGGAAUGCUUGUAAAUAUGUUAUGAUGAAUUGGGAAAUUUGGAAACUUUGUUCCUCAGAGUUAGAAAAAUAUGUUAUCAAUGGUUAUAAUGGUUUGAUUGCAAACAAUAUUCAAAAACGUUUCAACAUCGAUAAUCUUAGAAAACUUAAUAUCAUUCAAGAGAUUUUUGAUAUUUUAUCAGGCGGUAUUGCAGAUCAACAACUUAACGAAACAGUUGCCUCUAGUGUUAUUGGUGUACUUUAUAAUAUUCUUUCACAUGGUGGGUUAAUUGAAGAUGAUAUAAGACAAAUCUCAGCAUUCUUAAUAUCACAUCUUCACCAAGGUCUUAUUAGUGCUAAAAGAAAAUCAUCAUAUCGUGGUAAAUUGGCCACAAUGGAAUUUUCGUCUAGCUUUUCAAAUCAAAUGGUUAAUCAUGUAUUCUAUACAUUCUUAAAGGUUGUUGCAAAUUGUCAAGAUCCAUCUGUUAUUUUCAAGAGAGUAUCAUCAUACUGGUGUUUCUUUUUCAUUGACGAAAACUUACCCCCACUUACUGUUUCAUUAGCAUUACGUGUAACUUGUAUGUUCUUUUUAUUCAAAUAUGACUAUUGUUCAUCAUUCAUUAAGAAAUCUGGUUUCAAAAUCUUUGAAAAGAUAUUACCAUCAUUCUCUGGAUAUCAAGAAAUUUAUUUAUGUCUUUUACACUUAUUAUUGGGUAGCGACCCAAAACAAUUGGUAGAUUUGGAUUUAGGUGGUCCUUUAGUUUUCCACGAACUACUCCGUAUUUUUACACCCAACGAAAAGAACUUGUAUUGUAUCGAAGCUGCUCAAUUAAUUUUAUCAAUCAUUAAACGUUCUUAUGAAGAAAAUUAUCAAUAUUGCGAACAACAGUUACAACAACAAUUGCAACAACAAAAUCAACAAAAUGAAACUGAUGAAUUAUUAUCAACUUUAAUCUCUGCCUCAUCUUUAAACCAAAACAAUGGUAAUACUUCACCAUUAGCAACAUCACAAACUAUCUCACCUUCCCUCUCAUCAAGCUCUUCAGGUGUACAACAAACCCAGACCCAAACCCAAAACCAACCACAACAUGGUUUUGUCAAUAAAGUUGGCAAUUUAUGGAAUAAAUUCGAAGAAAAAACUUUAGAAUUUGCUGUUGCAACUGGUGCUCUUGAAGAUAUUCCUGAUGCAGUUGUUCAAGGUAAAAAAAAGAGAGCAAGCUUACAACUAUCACAACAACAGCAACAACAAUUACAACAACAACAACAACAGCAACAACAACAAAAUUUACAACAAUCAUCCCAACCCACAUCAUAUCAACAACAAUCACAAGAUCCAUCUAUUAGUAACGUUAUUAAUAAUUAUUCAGAGGGUUUACCAGAAUUAAAAUUAUCACAAUAUGCUUCACCAGAAGUUUCAUCAAAUCUUCAAUAUACAAUGUUAACUUAUUUCAUAUAUUUAUUCCAUGAAAAUGUUCAUUUCCAACAAGAAUGUUAUACUCAAGCAAUUGUUGAAGAGUUAAUUUCAAUUUUAUUCCCAAAUGGCAAAUUGAACCUCCCAGCCUUAUCUGCGAACCAAUCAAGCACAAGUGGUGGUAUUAAAGAUAGAGUAUUGGAUUUAGUCGUUAAAUUCCUUUGUCAAAUUGUGUUAUCUGCAAUGAGAAAAACAUCAAAGGCAAUUUCUAUUAUUGAAAUGGUUUUAGAAAGUACUCCAACCAAUAUCAGUGACGAUGAAUUUAUCCUUUAUCACAGUAGAAUUCUUAUUGACUUAAUGUAUGUUGUUGAAACAAAUAUUACCAAGACCGAAUUUUUCGAUAACGAACGUGUCCAUUCUAAUCUAAUCAAAUUAUGUUCAAUGUUGGUUGAUAAUGUUAACUUGGACCAAUUGGUAAAGAAUAAUAAGACCAUUAUUUCAAAACGUGUAUUUUUAUUCAUUGUAAAGAUUUUAGAGAAAUUAGAAGCUGAUAGAGUUGGUCUCAAAACUGUUCAACCAAUCUACCGUAGUUUAAACCGUAUCAUCCUAUUCCUUGCCAACAAUACAAGCGACACUGAUUUACAAUUUGUUACCAACCACAUCAUCAAUCAUCAAAGAAUUAUUUUUAGCGAAAAUAACUUAGAUAACGAAUUUGUAUUUGCUCUUUGCUACUCUUUGUAUAAACAUAUUACCUCCGACCAACAUGAAUCGGUCGAAUGUGCAAAUAAACUUUGGAGACUAUUAUUAACAUUAAAAUCAUCAUCAUACAUUGAAUAUGUAGCAUCCGUUCUUCAACUUAAAGUUCAAAGUUCAACCAAUCCUCGUCAAACAGAAUUAAUUGAUUUAAAACCAGGUUUUGAAAUUUUAGCAUCAAGGGAUAUUAGCGAUUUUAAAAAUUGGAUGGAUGAAAAUAUUACAACAAUUGCACAAGUAUUUGAAGAGGCACCAAAGAAAGCUCACUUAAAUACUCAAAACAAUGAAAAAAGACAAGCUGUUGAACAUACCUUAACCCAAUUCAAAGUCCGUAGAUCUGAACGUAUAACAAAGAAACUAAAACAAGAAAAGAAAGAUCAACUGAACUCUGAAGAAAAACAUAGACACAUCUCAAAGAAAGCUCAAUUCUUUGUUAAAACAGAAGGCGAACGUAGAAAGAAGAUUAGACAAUUAGAGAAUGAUAAACAAAAAUUCAAUGCUAUUCAAUGGGAAAAUAUGAGAGCUCAAAUUACCAGAGAACGUGCCGUAUGGGGUCCACCAGAACCACACUCACUCGAUAAAUGGAAGUUAGAUUCAACUGAAGGUCCAUACCGUAUGAGAAAGAAGAUGGAAAAGAAUUAUAAUUUCUAUAAAAACUAUCCAUAUGUUCCACAAUCAUUUGAUGAACAUAAUAGCUCACUCUUACCAAUUCCAUGUAGUGCCGAUAGUGAACGUUAUAUGAAUAUUGUUGGUACCGAAGAAGCAAAUCUAUUAGAACCAUCAUAUUGGAAAUUUGAUUUAUUAUCAACCAAUCAAGUUAUUACCUCAUCAACUGGUAUUGUUUCUCAAACUAACCAACAAGGCAAACCUCAACAACCACAACAAGAAACUAUUUCAAUUUCACAAUCCUCAUCAUUAUCAUCACAACAAUUAAUUAACAAUAGUGGUACCCAAACAACAACAACAACCAAUACAACACUCAACGUACCAAAUAAAUCGACACCAGAUUCACCAUUAAGCAAAUCAUCAUCAGUUGAAUUCACACCACCAACCUCACCAAUUCAAUCAUCAGAUGACUACCUUAAAUCUCCAAAGAUUUCAUCAUCAUUAGAUUCUAAAGAUGAACUCACAAAUAGCGAACUAUUUAAUGAUACCUCAUCAAUUAUUUCAGAACUUAGUAUAAAUAGUGAAGUUCAACCAUCAUCACAACCACAACAAAGGGCUCAAACACCACAACAACAAAAUCCACAAACUGGUCAACCACAACAAAACGAAAUUGAUGAAGAAUCAUCAACCUCAACCACCAGCGAAGAUGAAACCCAAGCAUUUAUCAGAUUAUUGGACCCAUAUGAUCAAAGCUAUCUCAAAGAUGCAAUGAGAAAAGACCCAAGAUUAAAUGGCAUUAUGUAUAAUUGUGGUAGCGUCGAUGGUAUGGAUAAGAUUGAAGGUAUUUUAAUUUUCUGCCCAGUUUAUAUGUAUAUUUUCGAUGGAUAUCAAAAGGAAUCGACCGGUGAAAUUAGCGAAGUUGAAGAAAAAAUAAAUUCAGAAUGGUUACCAGAAGGCUCAGCUUUACCUCAAAAGAAAAAGAUUAUUCAUUACUUUUUGAAAUGGGCUUAUGAAGAUAUUAGAGAUAUUCUCAAGAGAAGAUACCUAUUACGUCAAGUAGCUUUAGAAAUAUUUUCAACUGAUGGUAGAAAUAAUUUAAUUGUAUAUAAAGACGAACCAACUCGUGAUGAAGUUUAUCAUACUUUAGUAAACUAUGUAUCAACUCAUAAUACUAUCGGUGGUGAUGCUCAAGGUAUUACUGGUGCCCAAACCGGUGAUGACAUGGAUGAUCGUGGUAUGAAAGAUAGAUUCACAUCAAUUUGGAGAAAAUCACCAUUAACAUUAAAAUGGCAACAAGGUCAAAUUUCAAAUUUCCAAUAUCUUAUGCAUUUAAAUACUUUGGCUGGUAGAUCUUAUAAUGAUCUCACUCAAUAUCCAGUAUUCCCUUGGGUAUUAUGUGACUACGAAAGUGAAGAACUUGAUAUUGACGAUCCAAAAGUUUAUCGUGACCUUUCAAAACCAAUGGGUGCACUUCAAGAAAGUAGAGCUCAGAAAUUCAGAGAGAGAUUUGAAAAUUGGGAUGAUCAAGAACCAAAUGAACAUGGUCAUAAAGUGCCAAAAUUCCACUAUGGUACCCAUUAUUCCUCUGCCGCUAUUGUAUUAUACUAUUUAAUUCGUUUAGAACCAUUUACUCAACACUUCCUUAAAUUACAAGGUGGUAGAUGGGAUCAAGCCGAUCGUUUAUUCAGCUCAAUAACUGAAGCCUGGUCAUCAUCAUCUCAAGGUAGUACUGGUGUAGUAAUGGAGCUUAUUCCCGAAUUUUAUUACCUCCCAGAAUUCCUUCAAAACACAAAUAAAUUUAAUUUUGGUACCAAACAAGGCGGUGAAGCAAUUGACGACGUAUUCUUACCACCAUGGGCAAAAGGAUCGCCAACCGAAUUCAUCAAAUUACAUAGAAAAGCAUUAGAAAGUGACUAUGUUUCCGAACAUCUUCAUGAAUGGAUCGAUUUAAUCUUUGGUUACAAACAACAAGGUAAAGGAGCUGAAGAUUCUUUAAAUGUAUUUUAUUAUCUCACUUAUGAAGGUGCUGUAAAUAUUGAUGCUAUCACUGAUCCUGUCGAAAAAGCUGCUACAAUUGCUCAAAUUAAUAACUUUGGUCAAACUCCAAAACAAUUGUUUGAUAAACCACAUCCAAAACGUAACUCGGCAUUAAUUCCUCUUCCAUUUUAUGCUAAACCAUUAGUUGGUAACUUUAUCAAAGAUAUUGGCGAGCCAGUAGGUCAAAUUCGUUUGAUUAAUGAUCGUGCCACUUGUGUUGGUUUCAAUAAGGUUCUUUUACCACCAAAUCAUUCAAAAUAUAUAUUAUGGGGUCUCCCAGAUGGUUCAAUUCGUUACAAUACUGGUGAUAAGAUUAAAGUUUUAGAAGACCAUCAUGAUGGACCACCAACAUGUCUAACUACCACCGAAGAUGGUCGUAUUUGUGUAAGUGGUGGCUCAGAUAGUUUAAUUUGUGUAUUCAAUCUAAAGAGAUUCUCUCUCGCUAAGCGUCUCAAUGGUCACACUGGUCCAAUUACCUGCGUUGCUGCCUCUCGUCCAUACUCUGUAAUUGUUAGUGGCUCAGAUGAUCGUACUUGUAUCAUUUGGGAUUUAAAUAGACUUUGCUAUGUACGUAGCUUAGUUGGUCAUGAUGGUCCAAUCUCAUGUAUCUCUAUCAAUGACCAAACUGGUGAUAUCUUGGUAUGCUCAGGUACAACAAUCAACAUUUACACUAUCAAUGGUGAACUUUGCAUUAGUCACAAAACCUCACAAAUCACAAAUGACCAAAUUACUACAUGUAUUUGGUCAAAAGGUCAAGAAUGGCUUGGUGAAAAUGUAUUUUUAACUGGUCAUCGUGAUGGUAAACUUAAGAUUUGGGCUAUGGAAACCAGAUUACAACCAGACCCAGCAACUAAUAAAUUAAAAUUCAAAAAUGUUAUCAUUCUUCGUGCAACAUUCCAUAAUAGUCAAGUUCAUAAUACAGCUAUCACCUCAAUCUUUUUAACCAAUGAUCAACAAAAAUUCUACUUAGGUGAUAUUGUAGGUAAAGUUUCACUUUGGAUGGAGGAAUCAAACCAAUCAAAACAAAGAAAUUGGAAUGAUAUAACUAUUAAUCCAAUUAGAGGUAUAUUAUCGGAUAAAUCAAAUAAAUAA